AUGCUACGGUUCGGCUGCUCGCAGAUCGUCAUCGACCGCAUUGACCCGCUGGUGAACCCGGACCAGCUGCCGUCGCCGCAUCUGCAUCAGGUCAUCGGCGGCAAUGCCUUCAACGUCAGCAUGGCGUCGACCGACAUCUCCCAGGUCGCCAGCUGCACCACAUGCAGCUACGCCGAGGACUUUUCCAACUACUGGACCGCCAACAUGUACUUCAAGGCCCGCAACGGCAGCUACAAGCGCGUGCCGCAGAUCCCCAACCGGCUGCUCUUUGGCGACAAAUUCACGACCCAGACGUCGGGCGGCUUCGUCGUGUACUACGUGUCACCCGGCAAGGGCGGCGUGACGGCGUUCAAGCCCGGUUUCCGCAUGCUGGUCGGCGACGCGGGCCAGCGCGCCAAGAUCGGCAACGGCCGCAAGUCGCAGAGCUGCUUCCGCUGCUACUCGGGAGCCAACUUCAAGGGUGACGACGCGGCGCCGUGCGCCGACGCCCGGCUCGACACCGAGGCCCUCCCGGCCGGUGUGUGCUCGGGCAUCCGCUCCAACAUCCUGUAUCCGACCUGCUGGGACGGCAAGAAUCUCGACAGCCCGGACCAUAAGUCGCACGUCGCGUACCCGUCCGCCGGACCCCAGACCUUCACCGGCUCCAGCGUCGGCAACGGCUGCCCGUCCACGCACCCCGUCAAGAUCCCGCAGAUCAUGCUCGAGAUCGUGUGGGACACGACGCAGUUCAACAACAAGGCCGAGUGGCCGGCCGACGGCACGCAGCCGUUCGUGCUCAGCACGGGCGACAACACGGGCUACGGGCAGCACGGCGACUACGUGUUCGGGUGGAAGGGCGACUCGCUGCAGCGCGCCAUGGACGCCGGGUGCACCGGGGCCAGCUGCACGGGGCUCAAGACGCAGGAGGUCGCGCAGGCGAAUAAGUGCAAGGUGCCUGGGCGGGUUAAUGAGAAGUGGGAGGGCUGGCUCGACAAGCUCCCUGGCGACCCGAGCGGCAUGUAG